GUCAUGUCACGUACCACACCUCCCAGAAUGCUGUGGCUGACCGAGCUUCAGGAGCCUGUGCACUGCAGACCGGAGGUGCUCGUUGGAAGCGGUACUCUGAAGAUGAGCUGUCCUCCAGGAAGCAGUGGGCAUGCAACCAAAAGGCAGGCUGGAAUGCCACACUUAGGCCCGGUGACCAGUCGGGCUUUGUACUUCCUGUCCCCCAACUGCAGUCCUGCAGAGUCAGAAGUCUUGGUCCCCACAGGACCGCACUUUCACCGGGGCACAGCAUGGGCUCUGCAGCUGCUGCCUUGGCCACAUCGGGCUCCUGGUCUAGCCACUGGCCUGGAAGAAGGGGAGUCGCCAUCCCGGCAGGAUGAUGGGUGCCGCUCACUCAGAGGAGAGAGGCCCACUGGAAGUCUGAAGGAGCCAUUCUUGGAGUAUGCAUGGAAAGCAAUCUACAAGAUGCAGAGGUUAAAAAUUAAAUUCAGAAAGACUUUCUGGGAUGAAGAAGAGUCCUCAGCAGAGACGCAGCCCCGGAACACCUCCGCCAUGAAGCUGACUCAGGCCACUCUGCUACUUUCCUGCUUCUGCUUAAGUUUCUGCAAGGUCACUUCCGUGUCUCAAACUGCGCUGGUGGAUGAGGAGUGCCUAGCACACAGGUACACGCAUCUCUCCUGCACCAAAGUCUUCUGCCAGCCAUGGCAGAAGUGCAUCGACGGCGCCUGCGUGUGCAAGCUGCCUUACCAGUGCCCGAAGAACGGCAGCGCAGUGUGCUCGGACAAUGGCCGGAGCUACCCGACCUACUGUCAGCAGAAGAGUCUGGAGUGUCUCCGUCCAGGGGCGAAGUUUUCAAAUAGUGGACCCUGCACAGAGGGAGGAAAAUUCACCGUGUCCUUGUAUGGCAACGCCAGCGCGGAGGGACUCGUCGAGGUGAAACUCGUGGGGCAAGACCAGAAGACGUUCCUGUGUAAACGCAGCUGGAGCAUCCGAGAGGCCCACGUGGCCUGCCGUGACCUGGGCUUUCUGCAAGGUGCUCACAGCACCCACGGCCGGUUCCAGUCUCCGGAGCAUCUCCACAUCAACUCCACUCAGUGUCUGCACGUGCACUGCCGCGGCCUGGAGACCAGCCUGGCCGAGUGUGCUUUUACUAGGAGAGCAGCGACGGGCUACCAGGGCCUGGCCGGCGUGGUGUGCUACACAGGCAGUGCAGGUGCAGGUGCAGGUGCAGGUGCAGAGUCUCGAGCGAACGCGUCCUAUCCGUGUGUGAACGGGAAGCACAUCGCUCAGGAGAAGGCCUGUGACGGCGUGGACGACUGUGGGGACCAAAGUGAUGAGCUGUGCUGUAAAGGGUGCCAGCGCACAGGCUUCCACUGCAAGUCGGGCGUGUGCAUCCCGCGCGAGCACAGGUGCAACGGUGAGGUGGACUGCAUCACGGGGAAUGACGAGGUGGGGUGCCAAGGAGCUGAGCAUCCCGAACGUCGAGGCGUAACACCCGAGGAUCAAGGUGAAGCAGAGCUGCUGAGCCCCGGGAUGGACGCAGAAAGGAAACGGAUCAAGUCGCUGUUGCCCGUGCUCUCCUGCGGGGUGAAGACCAGCAGGCAGGCCCGCAGGAAGCGCGUGGUGGGCGGGAAGCCGGCACGAGUGGGGGACUUCCCGUGGCAGGUGGCGAUUAAGGACGACAGCAAAAUCACGUGCGGGGGCAUCUACAUCGGCGGCUGCUGGGUGCUGACGGCCGCGCACUGUGUCAGAGCCAGUAAAGCUCACCGUUACCAAAUCUGGACCGCGCUAGUAGACUGGAUAAAGCCCAAUGCGGAAAUAGUUGUGGAAUUUGUAGAGAAAAUUAUUGUUCAUGAAAAGUACAAUGGCACCACCUACCAAAACGACAUUGCUCUGAUCAAAAUAAAAAAACCUCUGAGCCGAAAACAGUGCGAGCUGCCCAACUCCAUCCCCGCCUGCGUGCCCUGGUCCCCGUACCUGUUCCAGCCUGGCCACAGCUGUGUCGUGUCUGGCUGGGGCCGGGAGAAAGACAACCAGAAGGUCUACACACUGCAGUGGGGCAUGGUGAACCUGAUAGAGAACUGCUCCAGGUUCUACCACGACCGCUUCUACAAGAGAGAGAUGGAGUGUGCAGGCACGGAUGACGGCUCCAUCGAUGCCUGCAAAGGGGACUCUGGAGGCCCCUUGGUCUGCACAGACGACAACGGCGUGGCCUACGUCUGGGGUGUUGUGAGUUGGGGUGAGAACUGUGGAAAACCCGAGUUCCCAGGCGUUUACACCAAAGUGGCCAAUUAUUUUGACUGGAUCAGCUACCACGUGGGAAGGUCCCUGAUUUCCCAGCACAACGUCUAAGACUGGGGUCUCCCUUUGUUUCUACUCUUCUCUCCCGAGUUCCAAUUGCAUCUAAAUCAAACUGUGCAAUUAUAAUCUUUCUCUAGGGGAAAAAAUGAAGCAAAUCUUAUUGGGUAUUUUUCAAGAUCUCUACAAAGCUUAUGCGGAACUGGAAUUCUGCUGCGUAACUUUCAAAUAAACGUAGCUCAGGCA